UGAUCAGGCGUUUACGCUAGUUUUAGCGCUCCGUGUGCGACACCUUAACAUUUUACCAAAACAUUUUUGUGCAAACCAAGAAAACUGUUCAAGAUCCCGGCCUUUGGGGCGAACGCAAAGGGCAGGUGGGCCAAAUGAUGGCUUCGGUGCGUAUUCCGGAGCAGAAAAUCAUCCUCUGCGGUGAGUACGGUGUAGGAAAGAGCUCCCUUUUCCGGCGGUUCGCGACCAACAACUUUGUCACCACCACCGACCGGAAGUCCACCCUCGGGUUGGACCACUUCGGCCGAACGUUCAACGUCGGAGACAAGGAAAUCAAGCUUCAACUGUGGGACACCGGCGGUAUGGAGCGUGUGGCCUCUGUAACAUCCAGUUACUACAAAUUCGCCGAAGCAGCCAUCCUGGUGUUUGCGCUGGACAAUGAAUCCUCGUUCCAUGCUCUGUCGCAGCACAUGCUGGACGUCGUUACCUACGCGGAGAAUGCCAAAAUCUUUCUCGUAGGCAACAAGGUAGACGUGGAGACAAGCGGUGGCGAACCGCCGCCCGUUACGGAUGCGGACAUGGAGUCAUUCUGCGAGCAGUGCCACAGUCUCAUUAGUGCCACCUACAAAACAUCAUGCAAAACGGGCGAGGGCAUCGAGGAGAUGUUUCGUGACAUCGCCAAUACGCUGGUCGAAUCGAACCGUUCCCGGCUUGAACUGCAGGCACUCGAGAGUCACGGUUUCAAGAUUCAUCCACCGGACGAAGUGAACGAUCCCGGGUGCCUGUGCUAGUAUAGCAGCUUGCUUCAUCUUCAAGCGCUUCUUGUCGCCAGUUCUUGUUGCUUUUAACACCAUCCUACGCACCACUUUUACGUAAAGCGAUUAGUUUGCAAAUCUUUCUUCCCUUUGCCAGAGUGGAUUGCCUUUCUCCUUAAGCGAAGCCGUCCUUGCAAGAAGCAUCCGGAAAGCCGGAUGUGUGAUAACCGAUAUUAGGGAUUUUCUUGCCAAAAUCGACAAAACCCAAACAGAAAAGUGCCAUGAGAAAGGAGGAGAGGUUCAAGUUCAAUCAAGCAUGGACGUAAUCGGAUCGACCCUUCGCGGCUCAGGGGAGAACGCUGAUAAUUUAAUUUAUUACAUUAACCAGAACAAUCAGAGCAUUACACACUACAGUAUCAGGCAAUCGAUCGAGCAUAAUCAAUAAGAGUGCGUUUUGUGGGACGGGCAGAUUGUAGGGCUUCUAUAGCAGGGCUAGUUGAGUGUUUCGUUUCAAUCAUCGCUAGCAAGACAGGUUGCUCUGGCUUUUGUAUAACAACGGAACGGUUUUUGGUUGAGGGCCGGUUGGAAGCCAAUCGCAUCGCCGUGAAACGAAGAAUGCGGCUUUGGCGUAACCGCGCCCGCUACUAGUCCCCGGGAUUGGAUUCACUCGUCGUUGUACAUGUAUUUAUAAAUCACAUCAUUCAACACUGAGCGUAAGAUACGGUAUUACUAUCGGUUACAAAGAAUUAACCAAUAACUCGAACCCGAGCGAGGGUGCUAGCUUUUUGAAUAAAUUUUGAAUUAAAGAAAACGAUCGUCGCGCUUCGGCAGCACGGUUUCUCAGA